UAUCCUUAUAACGAGGCGACCGUGUUCACUCUGAAGUCGGGUGGGUUUCGGGUAAACACACGCAUGACAAUAGUAGGCUAACAGCUUUAAAGAUAAGAGAUCCCGGUCGUGGAGCCGGCCGAUAAGGAUCAUGUGUCAUACCAGCAUAUUUUAUGCACCACGCUGAGUGGGCUCUCACAUGGUGACUUACGACAGCCUCAAACGAUCACAGGGAUGUAACCUAGAUUUUCAACUGUAUCACUCGUUCCCUGUGGACGUACCACAGUGUACAGUGGUAUCCUGUGGAUGGAUAGCCGUAUUUAGCAGUCCACUGUGGUAAGGCAGAAGGAUUUAGCGGUCCCUGUGGACGUACAACAGUGUAUAGUGGUAUCCUGUGGAUGGAUAGCCGUAUUUAGCAGUCCACUGUGGUAAGGCAGAAGGAUUUAGCGGUCCCUGUGGACGUACAACAGUGUAUAGUGGUAUCCUGUGGAUGGAUAGCCGUAUUUAGCAGUCCACUGUGGUAAGGCAGAAGGAUUUAGCGGUCCCUGUGGACGUACAACAGUGUAUAGUGGUAUCCUGUGGAUGGAUAGCCGUAUUUAGCAGUCCACUGUGGUAAGGCAGAAGGAUUUAGCGGUCCCUGUGGACGUACAACAGUAUAAAGCGGUCCACUGUGGACGUACAAGUAUAUCAACCCGUCCCCUGUAGGUACAACUGCCCCUGUACCACAGUAUGAACCGCCCAUUUGGAUGUACCACAGUAUGAACCGCCGAUAUGGAUGUACCACAGUAUGAACCGCCUAUAUGGAUGUACCACAGUAUGAACCGCCUAUAUGGAUGUACCACAGUAUGAACCGCCUUUAUGGAUGUACCACAGUAUGAACCUCCUAUAUGGAUGUACCACAGUAUGAACCUCCCAUUUGGAUGUACCUCAGUAUGAACCGCCUAUAUGGAUGUACCACAGUAUGAACCUCCUAUAUGGAUGUACCACAGUAUGAACCUCCUAUAUGGAUGUACCACAGUAUGAACCGCCUAUAUGGAUGUACCACAGUUUGAACCGCCCAUAUGGAUGUACCACAGUAUGAACCGCGCAUGUGAAUGUACGCCAUUGUGAACCCGCCCAUGUGGAUGUAUUGCGCAUUAACCGCCGAUAUGGAUCGAUAAUUGUUCGUGUGGGAUAGAAUAUUUUGAUUUACCAGAAAGGUGUUGGUGCUACCCUCCAGGGCAAUGAAGCAAUACUUUCGGUAUUUUCUGUGUAUCAUCGCAGCCUGUGCGUGUGUGUGUCUCCUCUUCAUUAAUGUGCCGUACAUGCACAAUAUCUCCCCGUCUGUAUAUUUUUAUUUGACCAAUUCAUCCUCACAGCUGAUAACCAACAUAAGUGCACGUGGUUCCAACAUCCCUACCAUCGCUUCUACUCCGAUUCCGUCCAAGACUGUGUCACCUCAGAAGACUUCAUCAGCAAAGCCCAGUGUCAGCCUCACAACCCCCAAGCCCACGCCACCCAGGCCAGUGCCCAAGCCUUUCAAGCGGCCGCCUUGCUAUGGAGGUAAAGUUCCCAAAGAUAGAUUUGAUGUAUACAACAAAUCGGAGCCAUUGGAAGUUACAGUUGUCACAGCUUAUUUCAACUUGGGACGAUUCCAAAAAGGAUCUGGAGGCUUUUUUGACACAAAUCUUUACAUGAAGUGGGCGAACGUAUACCAAUAUAUUAGAAGCCCAUUUGUGUUUUAUACCGACUCGCCGGAAACUGCUGAAAAAUUCAGAAAGAUGAGAGCAGGGUACGAAAAUAUUACAAAGAUUUUACUGGUGGAAAGAAAAGCAGUGUGGGCUUUUGAUUAUGUAGAACGGAUUAAAGCAAUUUAUUCAAUACCGGGAUACCCUAAGCACCACCCGAACACAGUUGUGCCUGAGUAUUCGUGUGCCCAGCACGCGAAGUAUGCAGUCGUUGAAGAAACCGUCCAGAAAAAUUACUUCAACACGACUUAUUUUGCUUGGGUGGAUAUAGGAUAUUUUAGAUAUAUCGUUGGACGGAACAAAGAGUUUGUGAUAGUAAAACCAGCUGAUUUCAACGAAUCUCGAAUCGCGUUGAACAAAGUGUACGAUGUGAGUAUGGACGUGAAAGUGGACAGUAUUUUCAAGGGAAAUCGGGUGUGGCUUGGUGGAGGGAUGUUUUUCGGGUCCAAGUACACACUCCCGACUUUUAUAGCCGACUAUCGACACGCAGUUGAACGUUACCUGAAUAUGUCUCUUAGUAGCACAGAUCAACAAGUGAUUUAUUCGAUGAACACUAUCAAAGAAAAGCCUUAUGUGAGAAGACGGGUGUCCAUACAGGCAUAUUCCGCGAACGUUGCCGGUGAUUGCUGGUUCUACUUGGGAUUCUCUUGUUACAGAGAGUUAUCAUGAUCACCAUAUAUAGUGCUAUAUAAAAUGAUCUUAACUGUAUCGUUAAAAUGAUUAUGCUUGUGUUUUCAGUAACUGAUGUUCUCCGUGUGAUUUAGGCCGACUGUACCUCAUCGCCGUAAAUUGGUGACUUACACGGAUGGCUUCUGAGUAUGAUGUGCGAGUGAGUGAGUUUGAUUUAACACCGCUUUGAACAGUAUUUCAGUGUUACUCGGCGUGUAAACUAAAUGUGGGAGAAAAGUCCGAAUUGAUGCAGUCAUACAAGCUUUUAUAAAUCCCCGUAGCACGGGUAUGGUGCUGACAAACCAAGGUUCAUAACCGGACUUACUCUUGGAUUCGAACUAGGAUUCAAGCACACCUAAGGGACGCAACUCUUCAGUGGGAAUUCCGGCGCGUCUGACACAUGUCUAAUUUCCCAGGACCAAAUACAUGUUGUCAGAACAAAUUAAGCUGGAGACAAGUGGUUGUGACCUGUCUGAUAUGCGUAUUAUUGCGCCCAGGCUGUGACUCUAAACAUUUAGAAUGAGUGAAUGGGUUUGGGUUUGGGUUUUUACGUAUCAUUUAGCAAUAUUUUAGUAAUAUCAAGACGGGGAACACAUGGGCUUUGGGCUUUGGGCUUCUUCCUUUUAAGCCAGACAUUGUAAAGAACAUAUACACUGGUUGUCAAACAAUUCAUUAAGUCCAUAAUCAUUAAAUAGUUGUUUUCACAAAACAAAUCUAUGGGAGUUUAUGGGCAAUAAUAAAGGUCCAUUAUGAGCGAUAAAAUUGAAUAACAUAUUUGUCAGUUUGGGGAUUUCCUCAUUUGUUGCAAUAUUAUGACAAAAUAUGACAAUCAGUUUAUACGUUUUAAUAUACAGUGGUUCUUUUUCAAAUUGACCGUAGAUAAUGAAAUGUGGUGUUGAUUUUGAUGAAGACCAGCUGCAGUCUUAAUACUUUAUAUAUGUACUCUUUCAUUAGGAUAUUUAUUUUCAAAUUCCAAACUGCCCAAGUCAUACAUUAAAAUCGGGACAAUCAUUGUGUCACAUGUGUCACAUACAAUAUAAAGGAGUUAAUAUUUCGAGCUUUCUUUAAUGAUGCAAACAGGUGUUUUUUGCAUUUCCCAGUAACAUUUUAACUAUUGUGAAUACCCGAACAUGUUUCUCGGUAAGGUAGCAUAUGUGAUUGCUGUGAAAAUAAAGAUUAUUAGAACAAAUAACACCAUCUCUCGCUGGGCAUUGUUCAUAUAGACAGAGUACAUAUAACGACUGGAGCAGUCCAUUAUUCUAUAUUAUGCUUAUUGCACCCCCUUCCUUUUUUCGGAGUCAUAAUGGGAAAAGUCAUAAAAGCUAUUUAAGCAGUAUAAAUGGAUUUAUGUUGGAUGGAUGGGUGGUGGUAACUGAAGAAAAUGUUAAAAGUCCACCUUAGUAAAAUCUAAACAUGUUUUAAAGUUAAAAUUCUAAACAUGCUUAGAUUUGGGGAUGUUGCGUUUAGGUGGUGUUUAGGUCGUGAGACGAUAGCUCAUUUCAUGUGUUUAGACCUAAAUGCGUUUAGAUUGUUUUAAACGAGUGACCAUUAUACAACUUUUACUUAUAUUCUGAUAAACCAACAAAUGUAUUUUCCAUUUUUUAAUAUUUUAAGAAACGUUUUGUGAAAGGUGUGAAUCACUGUUAUGAAGAUGUAUAUAUUGUCAAAUUGGAAAUAAAAUUAUUUUUCUCCUA